GCAGGGACCUUUUCUCUCCAAUUCUCUUUCGCCCUCAUCUUCGCUUGUUGUGGCAAACGUCACCUUGCGCCGUGCGCAGUUUAAGGAAUUCUCUACCACCACUUUAUUAAUUCCGACGAGGCUUUCUCGCUCUCUCAAUCCCUCACUCAACCUUUCUUUUCACUCUUCCGCCUCUCCUACACUUACUCAUCUAAACCGCGCUCUCACCUUUUCUCUCUCACUCUCCCGCAAACACCAUCGUUGCCCACAAAAGACUUGAUCAAUUCUGCAGACUUGCGCUGUGAAGCUCUUGCGCUACUUCGAUCGCCAUACUGUUCUCAUAAUCCCUCCAUCCUCUUACAACCAUCCAACAUGUCUGACGCUGGCCAACCAUCACCCAAUGGCAAUGCCGAAGUGCCUCCUGCCGGCGGUGCGGAACAUCUAAACAUCAAAGUGACCGAUGGCAAUAACGAGGUGUUUUUCAAGAUCAAGCGCAGCACGAAACUGGAAAAACUCAUGAAGGCAUUCUGCGAAAGACAAGGAAAAGACAUGCGCAGUGCUCGGUUCUUGUUUGAUGGUACCAAGGUACAAGUCACGGACACCCCAGACACUUUGGACAUGGCCGAUGGCGACAGUAUUGAAGUGCAUCAAGAGCAGAUCGGUGGCGCCGCAUGAAACACACAAAGACCCUCUAUGUUAUCACGACUACAGGAUCAAAAAUGGUUAACGGCGAUUUGAGUCGGUGCGAUCGCUCGUGUUCGGACCAAACCCAGCUACUGGGGUAUGGCUACGAAUAGUGCAUGGCAUUGGCCUGGUGUUUAAAAGAGCCGAGACAAUAGGAUGCCUUUUUGCAGAUAUGGGACCGGAGAAGGAGGCGUAAGGAUGGUUUUGUUGCGACCAAAAAGGAUACAAUGCAAAACGGCUCUUUCUCCAGCUACAGAGGUAGACUCCAGCUCUUCAGCUGAAUUGCUCAGUGCUUUGAAUGUGAUUCCGCGCUCCAGUCUCAUUUCAGCAGGUGCCUGCGAGCAAUAGCAUAUAUCCAUACAUACAGACCUAGGCUUAGGAAUUCCACAAAGGCAGAUCAGAUCUGCGUGGCCUCCAUCCGACUUGUAUCCACGCGCA